AUGCUUAACGAGACCUACGACUACCCGCCCAACAUCAAGGAGACGUUCCAGGACUUGGGCCGCACUGUCAGCGAGAAGGUCCAUCUUCUUUCCUCGGCGACGUCUACCUCGGAGGCGCAGGCCGCUCUCGUCGCCCCUCCCUCCGCGAAGCCACAGCCCAAGACCUUCAGCCACGCCAUCGCCCGAGCAAGCUUGUCCAGCAGCCAGCUGCUGCAUCAGAGCCACACCGGCGCAGGCGAGGACCCGCUCGCCACGGCGCUGGAGAAGUAUGCCUUGACCAUGGAGCGCGUUGGCGAAGCUCGCCUUGCCCAGGACUCGCAGAUCCAGAGCCGUUUCCUCGCUGGCUGGAGCACGACCCUCAACACCAACCUCAACUUCGCUACGCGCGCGAGAAAGAACGUCGAGAAGUCUAGACUGUCGCUGGACGCCGUCAAGGCCCAUGCAAAGGGAACCACGUUCAAGCUCGGCGGCCACGGCGCCCAGGCAGAGGGCCAGGAGGAGCAGGAGCUCAGCCCUGAGGCUCAAGAGGAGAUUGAGAAGGCCGAGGAUGAGUUCGUCACCCAGACCGAGGAGGCCGUCGGCGUCAUGAAGAAUGUAAUGUGCCCUGUGCUGGACUCCCCAGAGCCGCUUCGCAAUCUUUGCGAGCUCCUUGCCGCACAGAUUGAGUACCAUAAGAAGGCCUACGAGGUCCUGAGCGAGCUUGCUCCCUUUGUGGAUGGCCUUCAGGCCGAGCCAGCUACCGAAAGAGCCGUGAAGAGGCUUCCUAAGUCUUUGGCCCCUAAUAAUCUGACGGUUCAGUUGAAUGGAGGUUUACCAAAUGACGCCGAAGCAGUCUUGGUUUGUGGAGUGGAGUGGCAUCGAGACACAGCCGCAUUAGGAACAAGCGACUAUGCAGACUGCCCAAGCGUGACCAUGCUUGUGUGGCGUGAGAGGAUGGGAUAG